CCCUCAGUGUUCUCCUCUCCUUCUCUGCUGCCGGCUCUUCACAUCCCGCACGACUCUGCAUCUGGUCAGAUCCAGGCAGAGAAAGCUAGAGCAUUUGGUGAAGAAUCAUGACCUCAAAGGCUGUGGACGAACCUCCUACUUUCACUCCCUUCUCUCCUUUUGGUCUACAAAUCCAUGAUAGCCAUAUUGUCGAUGAACACGGACGAGUGAUCGGACUACGUGGUGUCAACGUUUCAGCUUCUAGUAAAGUACCAAACCACCCCAUCUCACCUAUCGACAAAUCCUACGAAGUCAGCUAUGUUAAUAGACCUUUUCCGCUAGAAGAGGCGGAUGAACAUUGGCGUAGACUCAAGAACUGGGGUUUGACUUUUCUGAGGAUCACUGUGACUUGGGAUGCUAUCGAACAUGCUGGACCGGGCAUUUACGACGAAGAAUACCUCUCAUACCUUUCCAAUCUACUGAAGAGCAUGCGGUCUCAUGGGCUGUUCGCAUAUGUCGCUAUUCAUCAAGACGUCUGGUCAAGAUACUGCGGUGGCUCCGGUGCUCCUGGAUGGACCCUAGAAGCUGCUGGAUUUGAUUUAUCAGAUAACGGAGAAAAGCUCGUGCAGACUGGAGCAGCUUACUUAGAUGGUAUCCGACACGGAAAGUUAGAAGGCGAAAGAGGACUAUGGCCCACGGGCUAUCAAAAGCUCGCUGCGGCCACCAUGAAUACUCUCUUUUGGGGUGGAGAGACUUUCGCACCUUCCUUAAGGGUAGAACAUGAAGGGCGGUCGAUCAACGUCCAGCAGUAUCUUCAAGAUCACUUCUUCGACGCAGUAGAUCGAUUAGCUUCUGUCGUCGCAGAUAUCGACAAUGUCAUCGGUGUAGAGCUUAUCAAUGAGCCUAAUCCCGGCUACAUCGGUUUGGACAACCUCAAUGAAUGGAAUUACAACACAGAUCUCCAUCUCGGUCAAUUUCCCUCUCCUUUAGAAUCCUUUUCUCUGGGUGCUGGUCACCCAACUCAGAUCACGAUCUGGCGUCGCUCCUUCCCCUGGCCCACUAUCCCCGGCGGCACUAUCAUCGCAAACCCUGAUGGAAUCUCAACCUGGCGUACAGACGGCCCGUCGAAGGGUCAAUGUCCAUGGGAGACAGAAGGUGUAUGGAGGUGGAGUGAAGAAAAGAAAAGAGGAAUGUCGAUGCAAGGUGACUACUUCUCUAAAGACAGGAAUGGCCGAAAAGUGGAAUGGCACAGAGAUUUCUACUUUCCUUUCGUCAAGAGGUUCGAUGAGGUUAUGGCCGGUCGAGGUCCGAAGAAGGCGAGGAUGGUAGAAGCGUUACCCAAUGAGCUCUGUCCAGAAUGGCCGGAUGAUAGUAGACCAAGGAAUAUGGUAUUUGCGCCGCAUUGGUAUGACCUGGACGCACUCUUCAAGAAGAAGUUUAGAAGCUUCACAGUGAACGUGCAGGGGUUGUCCAAGGGAAUGUUCAUCCUCAAUGCUCUAUAUUAUGGUCGUAACGGAGCCAAAAAGAACUAUAAGCUACAGAUCUCUAAUCUGGUCAAUGCCGCACGUAAAUCCCUCGGCGAAGUACCUAUCGUGUUCGGUGAAUCUGGCGUCCCUAUGGAUCUCAACCAUGCGGUGGCAUUCAAAACUGGAAACUGGAAAUGGCAAGCUCGCAUGAUGGAUGCCAUUAUCUGUGCUUUUGAGGAGAAUAUGGUCGGAUACAAUCUGUGGACGUACAACCCGGCCAAUCGGGAUGAUGCGGGGGACGAUUGGAACGCGGAGAACUUUUCAUGGUACUCGGACCAUAAUCGUCAGCUUGCUCUUGAGAAAGGCGAAAAGGAUAGUCUGGAUCUCGGUGGGCGAUUACUGGACGUUAUCGUCCGUCCAUACGCGAUAGUGACCUCUGGCACGCCCCAUUCUCAGUCAUACGACUCUCUUACCUCCUCUUAUACCUAUCGGUUCCGCUCUCCCCUCUGUCUCACCCCCAGUUCCUCUCCACUCAUUUCCGAAGUAACCGAGAUCUUUCUUCCUCGUCGAGUGUAUCAACAAGAUUCAACGGCGUAUCAACUUUCGUCUGGAGGACGAUGUCUCUUCGACUGGGAACGACAGCGUCUUUGGGUAUGGUGGCACGAUGUGUAUCCAACCUAUGGUGGGCCAAAUGACAGGUUGCGUCGAAUAGAUCUCUGGGUUCCGUCCAAACGACCUUCAGACCGAUUGCCGAUCUUGGGGAUCGUCUUUGCUGUUUUGGUUGCCAUCUUGGGUUUUUGGCUGAUCGUACGACUACAGGUGCUUGAAUUGGAGAAGGAAAAAAGGAUGGGAUUUGAGACAUGGUGGGGUGUUCCACUGGAUGGAAAAGGAGAUAUUUGGGAAAUUAUACGGAACAUGGUAAGAAAGGUGAUGUCGAUAUGAUGAAAGGGGUUUUGAAUCACGAACGCGCUUGUCAUGAUGCGUCGCAUGUUCGGUUGAGGUAUCCAGGGAUCGACUAGGGUAGGGGAAACCAGUAAAGGAAGUUGAGUUACUUUCAAAAUGUGACGAAGGAAAAAUGAAUGGAGAGAAGAUCCUUUCAAUCGCCUUCUAUGAUCUCCA